AAUAUUAACUGCAAUUUCCGUUCAAGAUGGCCGACAAAACUAUGCCUAUUUUUGUUCCAUCUGAAAAGCCUGUAAAGGUGUUGAAGUGGAAAGUAAAACAAGGUGCAUUUGUGUCACAAGGUCAGAUAUUAUUUUUAUACAACGAUUCGUCAGGCAGCAACAGUGAUUUAAAAAAGUAUAAAGCCACGCGCGCGGGUACCAUUUCGGCGAUCAAGGUGAAGGAAGGAGACAUCGCAGAGCCUGGGGCUGCAUUUGCAGAAUUAGAAGCAUGUCAGCAUCCCACAGUAAUGAAAGAAAUGUGCGCGGAAUGCGGUGCCGAUCUUCGCACGGACGAGGGACCAAAACGCGACGUCGCCGUUGUUCCUAUGGUGCACUCUGUACCUGAACUAAAGGUGUCUGAAGAAUUGGCCCAAAAAUUAGGUCGUGAAGAUGCUGAACGUCUAUUGAAAGACAAGAAGUUGGUUUUACUGGUGGAUUUAGAUCAAACUUUAGUGCACACCACCAAUGAUAAUGUUGCACCUAAUCUAAAGGGUGUUCUACAUUUUUUCCUCCGUGGCCCCGGUAGUCCUGGUCGAUGGUGUCAUACAAGGCUCAGGCCUCGAACGCAAGAAUUUUUAGAAUCUGCAGCCAAAAAUUAUGAACUUCAUGUUUGCACAUUUGGUGCGAGGCAGUAUGCACAUGCAAUUGCUGACCUCCUGGAUCCAGAGAAAAAAUUCUUCUCACACAGAAUACUUUCAAGAGAUGAAUGCUUUGAUGCAAGAACAAAAUCAGCUAAUUUAAAAGCAUUGUUUCCAUGUGGUGACAAUAUGGUGUGUAUAAUUGAUGACAGAGAAGAUGUAUGGAGGCAUGCAACAAACCUCAUACAUGUGAGACCUUACUCCUUCUUUCAAUCGACAGGCGAUAUUAACGCUCCACCUCCUUUACCAGAUGAAAAACCAAAAUUAGUUGGUGGCAAAAAUGGCUCACAGCUAACGGCUGUGCUCAAUCAAAUGCCCAUUUUAGAUGUGGAGCCAGAAAAAGAUAGUGAUAAAAAUAAAUUAGAAAAUGAAAAUAUAGAUAAAGAUAAGUUAUCAAAUACAGAAAAAUCUAAAACUGAUAAGCCUGACACUGAAGAGAAAAUGGUGACAGAAAAAGACAAUGAAAAAAAGGAGGAUAAAAAUGUUUUAGAAAAUGUAUGUAAUGAGCCAAAAUGGAUCAAAACUCCAGAUGGGCAGAUAGAGGUUGAGGAUCCAGAUGACUACUUAAUAUAUUUAGAAGAUAUACUUAAAAGGAUACACAAACGUUUCUACGACCUGUACGAACAAACAGGCCCCAGUGAAAUACCGGACUUAAAGACUAUAAUACCAGAUGUGAAAAGUAAAGUGUUGUAUGGUGCUAGUUUAGUGUUCAGUGGUUUAGUGCCGACGCAUCAACGGUUAGAGACGUCGCGAGCGUAUCAGGUGGCGAGGAAUCUUGGCGCUGAAGUCACGCAAGAUUUCACUGAACGUACCACGCAUUUGGUCGCUGUCAGACCUGGCACAGCGAAAGUGAAUGCGAGCAGACGAAUGGGCGAAGGAAAAGCUAAAGUUCACGUGGUCACCCCCGAAUGGUUAUGGGCCUGUGCUGAAAGGUGGGAGCGAGUCGACGAGAGACUAUACCCACUGCACAGACAGGGACAGAGCAGCUCCCGCCGUCCGCCGGCGCACUGCAGCAGCCCCCCGCCGGCGCCGGCGCCCCCCGCCCCCGCCCCCGCCGCUCUCCGCCGCCGGACGCCCUCCGGACGGUUCAUGGACACGCUCAAUCCGCUCCUCUCCUUCUCCAGCGACGACAUCGCGGACAUGGAUCGGGAGGUGGAGGAUAUUUUCAAUGAAUCUGAUGAGAGUUCGUCGGAUGAAUCAAAGCCUAAAGAGGAUGACCUUGAUGAUGAAGAGAACCCUCCGGAAGAUCGGUUGAUAUCUGUAGAAAAUGAUGACACAUGCUCGCAAGACCGGUUACAAGAAUUGCGAGAAGCAUCUAGUGACUCUGAUUUAGACGAAGAAAUCCGCCCUCGCAAACGGCCUCGACCUUCAACGCCACCGUCGGAGGACGAGCCGCCAGAUGACGACGACAGUUCAUGGACCCUAAUGGGUGCUGCCCUUGAAAGGGGAUUCCUUGCUGACUGAUGUCUAAACUACUGUUGCCCACCGCCAGCAGGACUAUGCCGGAAUAUAUGUUUUUAUUUU